UUGGGAACUUGAACCGAUAGCACUGGCACUUACCAUCUUGUCUACGGAAUUUAUCAAAUGCCUCAGCUCUAUAUAACUCUCCUCCUCUUAAGUUCUUACUGGCUUCUGGGAUCUGUGUAUGCAACAAUUUUUAUUUCUUUAAGCCCACUUAAAUUCUCACUUGCAACUUCACCACCAAAUGAAGAUAUUCGGUUGGAUGCAAAACAAGCUCAAUGCCAAGCUUGGCUCCAAGAAACAAAAUUCUAUCUCAGUUAACAAUAAUAGACUGCAAGAAUCUAAGAACGGAGAAUUCAGUGAUUGGCCUCAUGGAUUGUUGGCAAUAGGAACUUUCGGAAACAAAGAAAUAAAUAAAGAUUGCAAGUCUGAUAUUACUACUAACUAUGUUCAGGAAAAUUAUAUAUCCCUAGAUCAUAUGCAAGAACUUACUCUUGAACAAGUAGAAAAACUUGAAAAAGAGCUAAACUUGUUAUUGCAUAAACAAGUUGGAUCAGCUCCUGAUGAUACAGAAUCUGAUACUGCUAAUUCUAAGCUUGCAUUUGAUGACAAAAUAAAUGAGAAUUACGAUGAGGGAAGCAGUGUAAUUAUUGGCAGAGGGAAAGGAACAUGUGUGGAUAGUACAGGCAGUGCAAUUAACAAAAAGUCGUUCUCUUUUCUUUUGAAGAAAAUGCUUGGUUGCAGAGGUGGAUUUACACCUACACUUAAUCUAAAAGACCAGGUCCCGGAGUCCAGAAUGGAAAAGAUAUUGAGGGCAAUAAUUCACAAGAAAAUAUAUCCUCAAAAUCCAAGUUCAUCUUUGUUUACCAAGAAAUACUUGGGGAAUAAAAAAAAUAAGUCCAGUAGGUCUGCCAUUGCAAGAGAGGAAGAUGAAAUAAAUCAAAAGGAUGAUAAGGGAAGUAAAUGGGUCAAGACAGAUUCUGAAUAUAUAGUUCUGGAGAUAUAAUUCCAGUUGUGAAGAUUAAAUGAGAUGAACAGUUGAACCUAAUCAUUGAAGCAAAAUUUGGCUGUGCUCUUUCUCCAGGAAAAAUGAAAAUUCCAGGAAUUAUCUGAUAUGGUCCAAAUGAGUGAACUGUGUAUAUGCAUGAUGAGGAUAUGUCCAACUGUCCAUAUCCCGUGCUAUUACCUAACGCCUCUGACAUCUAAUGUCAUGGUUGGCUGUGUGUGUGGUGCUAGCACAAGGUCUAUUACACUCCAUUCAUAUUUCUAAGUUAGUUAUAUAUAUAUAUAUAUUCAAUAUUAACUAUAGGUCGAAUUUUUUUUCUUUUUCCUUUUUUUUUAUUUACCUUUAAGGUAAUUUAUACUCUUUUCUUACCAAGGUAGAUCCCACAUACAACUUCUUUAUGAAGUCACUCCAAAUGUAUUACUGCUGAUAAAAGAAAGAUUGAUUUAGUGACUUGGUGGAGGUUUAGCCAAUGUUUGAAAGAUAAUAUAUUCUCGUCUUUUUAAGGAAA